GCAGCUUCAGCUCCGUUAGCAUCGGGAGCUAAUCCUGCUAACGGCUAGCGGCUAGUGGCGCUAUGAUGGCGGAGCUGGUGCAGGGACAGGCCUCGAUGAACCAGCCGGGGCUGAAGUCUGACGGCCUGGCCGAUGUCUUACAGAGGGCCCGGCAGAUGGUGGGGAAGAUGGGAGGAGAAGCCAUGUCCCACCUCAACAGCUCCUCAGGAGGUGUUGAGCCUUCGCUGUACUACCCCGGCCAGAAGAGACCUGGAGAGGAUGGAGUAGGUAACCAGCUCGCAGCCAUGGGCCAUCAAAGCAGGGUAAUCACAGAGGAUUACAAGGUUCCCGACAGAAUGGUGGGCUUCAUUAUCGGUAGAGGAGGAGAACAGAUCACCAGGAUCCAGCUGGAGUCGGGUUGUAAGAUCCAAAUCGCUGCUGACAGUGGAGGUCUGAUGGAGCGGCCAUGUUCCCUGACUGGAACUCCAGAGAGCAUUGAGCAGGCGAAGCGGCUGCUGGUCCAGAUCGUGGACCGCUGUAGAAACGGUCCUGGUUUCCAUGGCGACGGGGAGGGCGGGGCCUCGGUGCAGGAGAUGCUGAUCCCGGCCAGCAAGGUGGGGCUGGUGAUUGGCCGAGGAGGAGACACCAUCAAACAGCUGCAGGAGCGAGCCGGGGUGAAGAUGAUGAUGAUCCAGGACGGUCCGAUGCCGACAGGAGCCGACAAACCUCUUCGCAUCUCUGGAGACCCGUACAAAGUGCAGGCGGCCCGGGAGCUGGUGUUGGAGGUGAUCCGGGAGAAGGACGGAGAUUUCAGGUCGGGACGUAACGACUUCAGCGCCCGACUGGGAGGAACCAGCCUGGACGUUCCAGUUCCACGGUUUGCUGUUGGCAUUGUGAUUGGCAGAAACGGAGAAAUGAUCAAGAAGAUCCAGAAUGAUGCCGGAGUCCGAAUCCAGUUUAAAACAGAUGACGGCAUCAGUCCGGAGCGUGUUGCCAUGGUGAUGGGUCAGCCGGACCGCUGUCAGCACGCUGUCCACCUCAUCAACGAGCUCAUCCAGACCGCUCAGGAGCGUGACGGUUUUGGCUCCGCCCUGCGAGGUGGGCGGGUCAGAGGGCGAGGUGAUUGGACGAUGGGUUCACCUGGUCCUCUUCAGGAAGUCACCUACACCAUCCCUGCUGACAAGUGUGGCCUGGUCAUUGGCAAAGGUGGAGAAACCAUAAAGAGUAUUAACCAGCAGUCUGGAGCUCACGUGGAGCUGCAGAGGAAUCCUCCACCCUCCACCGACCCCAACACCAGGGUCUUCACCAUCAGAGGCACCGCCCAGCAGAUGGACCUCGCCCGCCAGCUCAUAGACGACAAGAUCGGGGGUUCAGGGAUCAUGAGUAACGGAGGGUUUGGCUUCAGUCCCUUCGCCCAGGGUCCUGCUGCUCACCAGAACUGUGGUAGCGGGCAGACCUUCCUGACGGGAGUUUGGGGAAACACCUACCAGACCAGCUGGCAGAACCCUGGACAACAAGACCCUGGUCACAGUGUGGCUCAGACAGGACAGAUGGACUACUCUAAGGCAUGGGAGCAGUACUAUAAGAAGCUAGGUCAGCAGAACCAGCCUCAGAGCUUGAUGACAGACUACAGUAAGGCCUGGGAGGACUACUACAAGAAACAGAGCCAGUCGUCCCAGCAGAGUUCGGUGCCAGACUACACUGCAGCAUUAGCAGAAUACUACAGACAGCAGCCCUACCUGUGGAACCCCGCCCAGAUACAGGAUCACUAGAGGCUCCUCCCCUCGCCGGCGAAGGCCUCGGAUGGUCGUCAACGGCAACCGAAUCGGGGUUUCCUAGCAACGCUCUGCCGCUUCCUCCUUCCUUUUUGUAGAGAAAAACUAAGGAUUAACUGAAAAAUCACGAACUCUUUUCUUUCUGUUUUUUAACCUUACAAAGUCGAUAUUUUGUCGGGCGGAUUUUUUUGGACUAGCCUCUGGUCUCUCCACAUGUAGACCUGGUUUUUCUUUUUGUUUUUUAUCAAACUUGAACUUAAAGAUGUAUCAGUGUGGCUUUGAACAAAACAAGUCCAGUAUAAUCUAUAUUUUGUCUAGUUUUAUUUUCCGAUAAGAAAACGGUAUAAGGCUUAGCAGUCUUGAGUAAGAAAAUCAGAUAUUAUUAUUAUUAUUUUGUUUAUGAUAAUGUUUUAAAGCAUGCGUCAGAUUGUGUGUUGACUCUCAGUUUUGUUUUGUUUUUUAUUUUGGCAUAGCAAUAUUUUAAUAGCGUCGGAUGGAAAUGUAAUGUUUUACCGUCAGAGACUGUUUUUUGUACUAAAUCUGUGCUCGCUGGGUCUGUUUGUUCUAAUUUUAUCUGUUUAGUCACCAUCUUGGAGGUGCAAUGACGCGUUUCUUGUUUUCUUUUGGUUUGAUGAUAGUUCUUAUUCCUGUAUCUCUAUAGUGAUCUCUAGGUUUUAUGAUAUGUUGAUGAAUAAAUGAUGAUUUAUAUUGGGUUUGUCUAAAGCCAGAUCUCUCUGUGGUCAAACACUUCCUCACAGGGUUUAACCUUCAGCCGACACCACGUUUCCCGCCUCCACUUUCGUUACGAAAAGGCGGGAAAUUGCUAUUUUCUUACAGGGAAACUUUAUUAUUAUUGUUGUAACUUGGUUCUGCAUUUCUGCUUUGCCAAUUUUUUUCUUUUGUGGGAGAAAUGUUUGCCACUGAACAAUGAAGUUAAAGAUUCUAUUAGCAGUGUGUUAGCUUCGCUAGCAUGUUAGCUAAAUGCACUAGUUCACUGAUUGUUAACAGAAAGGUGUGCGUUACCUCAGCUGUGGGUUAGCUGAAUGAAUGUUUCUGUUAGCUGCAAGCUGUGCUUUAUUAGCUGAGUGGUGCCUGAUAGCUGAAUGCUAACGGAUAGCUGAAUGCUAACAGAAAAGAUGUGCUGUCUGGAACUUAUGCUAGGUGUUGAAUGUUGGUGUUUUUUACUGAAUAUACGUGUGACAUAUGUUAAGCUAAAUGAACAUGGUAACUGAACUGUUAGUUUGUCUGGUGUGUAGACGUUAGUGAAACAUGUGCGCUAACUCGGUGAUCUACUGCAUUCAGCUAAAUUUGACAGACCAUAAAUAGUGAAUUAUUCCAUCUUACUGUUUACCAAACUGGAGACAAAAUGGCUGCAAAGAACCUCUGCUGGUGUUAGCAGCAAAAUAUUAGCAUUAGUUCAAUCAAUUCUACUAACUAAGCUAAAUUUGACUUCCUAGCAAAUUGCGAAAAACAAUGUAAAGUAACUUUUCAACCCAAAAUUCAUCUGUUUAGUUUAACUAGCAUCAAAUAAACAUCAGAGAAUUUAGCAGUGGCUGAGUGUUCAUUGGUAAGACCAUAGAGAAAACAGUAUAUUGUAGCUAAGUAAGGCUGAAUUUCACUUAGAAAUGUUAGCGGAAUGAAUGUUCUUACUGAACUUUUUUCAAUUUGUUUUGUAGCCGUUAGCUAGUAGUCGGCGCUAACUUAACUUUGCAAUAUGCCGCUCUCACGGCAUAUCACACUGACAGUAAAUAGCAAUAAAAAACAUUUACAUCAGCCAGAGAGUUAAAAUUAUGAAUUUCACACUGCUAAACAAAAUGGCUGCAAAAAAUGACUUAUGUUAGCAACGAAAUAUUAGCACUAAUACAAUCAGUUCUACUAAUUAAUCUAAUUUGACUUGCUAACAAACUGCCAGAAACUCUAAAUAUCCGUUGGUCUAGUUUAGCUAGUAUUAAUUAAAAAGUUACCGUUAACUGAAUGUUCGUUAGCUAUCAGAUAGAAAACCGUUUGUUGUAGCGUCAUGGUGCUAAAUGUGUGCUAGCUGUAUGGCGUGUGAUAUUAGCACUGGACUAUGCUUCUCAAACAUGUACAGUUGUGUUGCUAUUUUAUAUUUGCACAAAUGUAAAUGCAUUUUUUCCGUAUCGAUCCCAGCAAAAUUUUUGGAUCUACUGGUUAGCUUGCUUAGCGUUAGCGUGUUUGUUAGCGUUACAGGUAAUAUCCUCUGAAAUUCACAGACACCUAUCUUUGUAUUAGUGUAAUUUCUAGCUUUAGCUGUGUGUUAGCGUCGUGUGCGUCAGCCGGACAUUGUGUGUGUUGGCUUAAUGUUGUGUAUAUGCUAAGGCUGGAUUAUGCUAGCUAAUUUAAAUUAUUGCACUUGUAGGUCUGUGUGCUAGCAUCAAUUUACAGACUCGUGUCUUCAUUGGCGUGAAAUUCCAGCUGGUGCCGUGUGUUUGUUAGCUGAGCGUUGUGUGUGUUGGCAGAACAUUGCGUUAGCUAGCCAAACGUUGUGUUUGCUAGCGCUGUGUUUGUUAGUUGAGGGUUGUGUUUGUUAGCAUUGUGUUUGCUAGCUGAGCGCUGUGUUUGCUAGUGUUGUGUUUGUUAGCUGAGCGCUGUGUUUGCUAGCGUUGUUUGCUAGCGCUGUUUGCUAUCUGAGGAUUGUGUGUGCUAGCGUUGUGUUUGCUAUCUGAGGGUUUUGUUUGCUAGCAUUGAUUGCUAGCGCUGUGUUUGCUAGCAGUGUGUUUGUUAGUGCUGUUUGCUAGCGUUGUAUUUGCUAGCUUUGUGUUUGCUAGCGUUGUGUUUGUUAGCGCUGUGUUUGUUAGCGCUGUGUUUGCUAGCGUUCCGUGUCGGACCACAGAGAGGCUUGUCUUUUGCUGCUGAGGGACUUCUGGCAGUUGUUGAGUUUUGAAUCAGUGGUUUUGCUUCCUGUAUGUAUGACGAUGAUAAUAAUUAUGAUGAUAAUAAUGCGUUCUCCUGUUUGGUGGUCUAUUUAAAUCUGUUUAUCCACUUCUGAAUAUUCAGUUUGUCAGUGAGAUGAUGGUUUGUGUAAAUUUCCACUCUCUGGCGGGUGCUCUCCAGUUAAAAAUGUUCUUUGUUAUCCUGUUAAAAAUGAUAUUGUUUAAUUCACAUGUUGUGUCGAACCGAUUUUCAAAGAGAAGCUGAGUGUGUGUUAUAUUCUCAAGACUGCUAGGCUAACUGUUUCCAUAUCUUCUCCGUAUUCAUCUGUCUGUUCGGACACCGCCACGCUAACAAGCUGCCGUCCGACACGCGUGUAACCGGACCCUGUGACUACAGACGUGUUGGACAUCUGCGGCUUGUUAGCAUAGCGGCUAGCGGGGAGAAGAGCCGUAGUGAAGGGGUUAAAACGCCCCCAGAUUUAUUAAAACCGCCGGGGAGGACGCCGGCCGGGUCUGGUUCCAGGCCUCACCGAGCCUCCCAAAGUCCCAGAACCAGGACCGGACCCGGCCGUCCCCUCCGGCUCAGAUCUUCCUGGUCCCGGUCCUUCAGGGGUGCGGGAGCUUUUGGUUUCAUGGUUUCUGUUGUUUUUCUAAUGGACACACGUCCGAACUGUAACCUGCAGAUUUUUCUAUUAGAUUCUAUUGACAGAUAGAGUUGUGUAUGAACCUAAGCCACGAGACUGUCGGUGGCCGAGGAUGAGGAGGGUGAUGAUGAUGAUUAACAUGAGGGCUAAUAAACAGGCUCAUUCUUUCUGA